AAAGGGGGCCUUUAAGCGUCUGCGUUGCAUAGAAACAGAAAUUCUCCGAAGGAAGCUGUUGCUACAAAAACAUGAAGAUGCUAACUACAACGUUUUGAAAACUAGCGUUUUGCCAACGAUAGCGUUUUUCUACUUAUUUUGCUAUACUACUGACCGCUAAAGCAGGUUGCUAGAUAUAGCAUUAUAUCAGGGACAUAGCAAUAUCCCCGACUGUGUGUUAUGUAAGCUACCCUAACAAGUAGCCACUGCACUGGCUAGGCUAACGUUACUGUAGAUAGCUAACCAACGUCGGGUUGAAAACAUGCCCGUUUCGACAGCUAGCUAAUAAGUUAACUUAGACAUGACUUCGAAUGGGUUUCGGUCAUAUUUUAAGUGAAUGAAUGCAAAUAUGUGUAGCUAUAUCUAGUUAGUUAGCUAACGUUAAGCGGUUACUUGCCGUUAAUCACAGACUAAGUGCAUUUCUUUUGCUAGCUAACUUCUAGCCACGUACUUUACUGUAGCUAGCUAACGUUAGUUUACGUUCGCUAACUAGCUAAGCUGCUGUGAGACGCAGCUCAUUUCCCCUUCCUAAAGGUAGAAUGGCAGGCGACGCCAGUGGCAUUCCUGAACUGGACCAAGAUAAAUAUGAUGCAGAUGAAGAAGUCAAGAUAAUCUUCCUUGGAGACAGUGCAGUGGGAAAAUCCAAGUUGAUGGAGAGGUUUCUGAUAGACGGAUAGUAUCCUUUCUCACACUGGCGCUCUCAGCUAUGAUUUCUCUGUCAACCUAUGCUCUGACGCUCUACAAAUACACUACCACCAUCGACAGCAAGGCUGUAUUAGUAGCUGAUAUGAAGGUGACCCAGAGAAAAUGUAACUUUGCCAAGAAGCAGGGGCUUCCUUUGUACUUUGUAUCUGCUGCUGAUGGGACCAAUGUAGUCAAGAUGUUCAAAGAAACAAUCAAAAUGGCAAUGUCUUACAAGCAGAACUCUAGUGACUUCAUGGAUGAAGUAAUGCGGGAGCUGGAGAACUUUGAGCUGGAGCAGAAGAAGGAGUCGUCGUUAGAGAUGGCUGAGGGACUGAAACCAGAGAGCCCUGAGUCUGUCUGUCUGGCUGGAUGUUGAUGUGGGAUACAUUACCCUCACAUUAUGGACACAUUAUCUUUACAUUAUACUGGCAUUGUGAAUACGAGAGCUGUUUCUGACUGCACCGCAGCUAUGGAUG